AGUACGGUGUUGGAUGCUGAAGUCUGGGGACAGCUCAUGCAUGCUGAAUUGCAAUACCCAAGCAGUCUAGGAAGGCGACAGUGGCAGUAUGGUGGCGGAACGGGCUCUGCUUGCCGCAAGACAGGGAGACGUGGACACCUUGAAAGUGUUGUUCGCUGAGAAGGUUCUGCACGCCGGCAUCAAGGACGCUCUCGGGGCUUCUCCGGUGCACCACGCCGCCCGAGCAGGGAAGCUUACCUGUCUCCGUUACCUGGUGGAGGAUGCCGGUCUGCCCGGGAACAGCCACGCCAGGAACGGAGCGAGUCCGGCGCACGACGCCGCUGCCACCGGCAACCUAGCAUGCCUGCAGUGGCUUGUCACCCGUGGAGGUUGUGGAACGGAGGACCGAGACAGCUCCGGGGCCACCGUGCUACACCUCGCGGCUCGGUUUGGCCACCAUGAGAUCACAGACUGGCUCCUGAAGGGCGGAGAAGGGGACCCCAGGGUAGCCACGGACACAGGAGCCCUUCCUGUCCACUACGCAGCGGCCAAAGGAGACCUCCCCUCGCUACGACUGCUUCUGGGGCACAGCCCGAGGUAA